AUGAAUGAAUUAAAGGAGUUAAGCAGGAGAAUAAAAGAAAACACGACCGUAAAAAAUGAAGAAAAUAAGAAUGAGCCGGAAAUAAAAAAUUUAUUCGAAAAUUUCCUUAGUAACAACUCCAUAAAUUACCUGAGUUCUCUCAUAAAUAAAACGAACGCAAAUGGUAAAACCAGUGAAAAUGACAAAAAGGUAAUUAGGUCAGAAGUUGAAUACUUGGAAAACACAUUUCCAAAUGAAAAACGGCGAAGUAAUAAGUUUAAUGGGGAUGAUGAAGCAAGUUCCACACAGGAUUAUACAGAAAAUAGGGAGAAGGAUCUUAUUGUGAAAGAAAAAAAAAAGAAAGAAAAUUUAGAAAGUUCUACAGUGGAAAAUAAAAGCAUAGGACACAUAAAUGUAAAGAAAAUUUUGCAGAAUAAAAAGAAUGUUGAAUUUAAAGAUUUAAAUAAAUUAAUUAAUAGCUUUAACGAUGAAAUAAUGAGGAGAAGUAAAAAUCUGGAAAUAUUUAUUAACAAAAACAAAAUAAAAAACGAUUAUAGUGAUAAAAUCUUAAUGAUAGACAAUUUUAAUAGAGAAAUGCGAGUUAUCGAAAACGGCUUCAGUGAAAAAUAUCCCCUAUAUGAUUUGUAUUUGACUAAAAAGAAAAAAAAAAAAAGUUAUGACUCGCUAAUAUUUUUUAAAAAUUUCUUUAAAUGUUUAAAGAAUUAUAUACAUUUUGUAGAUAAAUCGGAAAAGAAUUAUAAAAAAUUAAAAAUAUGGAAAUCAUUAGUUUAUUUAAGAAAUUGCAAGAUGCACAUUUUGUUAUUAAAAGCCAUAUUUAAGUGUGUAAAAAAGGAGGAGGAGGAGAAGAAGAAGAAGGAGGUCAAGGCAUUUCCAAAAGAAGAAAAUGUGGACAACAAAAAUGAGAAAGCAACAAAUCCACAGUUUAUCACAAAAGAUGAUAUUUACUCGUAUGGCAGAUCUGGGUUAAAGAAUAUUACUCCAUUGAAUAAGCCAAAUGAAAAGGAAAAUUUUGAAGUCAAGGAGGAGCAGCAGGACAAUAAUACAAGCCGUAGUAGUAAUAGCUCGGAUAGCCAUCUUGAUACUAAGCUGAUGGAAGAUUUAAAAAAUAUAUUUCAAAUGAAUUCAUUAGAAGCAGUUGCAGAUAACAAAUUAACAUUUGUGAAGGAUAUUAAAAUGAAAUAUGACCACAUUUUAAAUAAUUUAAAAAAUAUCAUUCAUACCAUUUUCGAAAAAAUGUUUGUCCUUAGCAACAGUAUUAAAAUAUAUAAAUAUGUGUAUAUUAAUUCAAAUGAUAUUUUUUUAAAAAAUGAAAAAAAUAUUCACGAAGAAAAAAUUUCCUAUGCUAUGUUUUGGCACUUUGCCUAUAUUUUAAAAAUACACACUAGUUAUUUGGAGAAAAUAAAAAAACACCUAUUUUCUAAUUUCUUUAAAUUGAUAGUUUUAUUUUACUGCAUUGUGAAAAAUAUAAAUGGUAAAGAAGUAAUAAAUAACCUCCAUCAAAUGAAACAUAUAAAUUCUUUGACAUAUGAACAUGUAAAGAAAUUUGUUUCAAGUGUAGCACAAAAAACUCAUGUUAAUUUGUGCGCACAGAAUUAUUCUAAAUUUUUUAGUCAGUUUAAAAGUUACCUUUUUAGUGAAUCGAAUGAUUAUGUCUACCUAUUUCAAGGGAAUAAGGAAAUAAAAAACAAUUCAUUUUGUAACUUUGGAUUAAGUGAUUACAUAAUCGAACAUGAAGAAUACAUUGUUAUUGAUAUGGAAAACUUUUUCAGUAACAUUUUUUUAUUGCUUGAGAAAGAUUAUAAGAUAAACACACGGAGGAAUUUGUCCCAUUGUGAGGAGUUAUCCCUUUUGCAGAAAGAGUAUAUUGACCUGAACAUGUCAGGAAGACAAAGUGUUGGCCAAAGUGGCGAAGAAAAGGGUAAUGAAAAAAAUAUUAUUCAUGAUUCUGACAUAAAAUGUGCUAAGAGUGAGGUAGGAAAUAGUACUACUACAGAUGAGAUGGAAAAACAAGGAAAAGAAAGUGAAGGCACAAACAUUUUUUCUACACUAUCUCGCUGUUUAUUUGAAUUCCACACUUUAACAGAAUUGUUAUUUGUGAUGAAUAAAAUUGAGAAGACCAAUAAUGGCGAAACGGGAAAAAUGGGAAAAAAAAAAACAUGUCCAAAAACCUCAUUCGACAUUGAAAUUGAAGAAAAAGGAAACACAGACGAAUUGAUAAGCAUAUUUAACUUCUACUUUAAUAAUAAACAAAAGGAAGAAAGUGGUGACGAUGCUUAUUUUGUAAAGUAUGUACUAGACGGUAAUGAUAAUGAAAAACUGAAUCAUGUGAAGGAUAAAAUAAAAAGAAAAUAUGAACAUGUAAUGAGAGAAGGGAAUGUAGAUCAACUGCGAUAUUGUGGAAGCAUUUUCUCCCACUAUAUGAUAAACAAAGAAUUGAACGAAAAUGUAUUUACAUUUUUUCAUAAAAUAAAUAUGAAGAGAAAUAAUUUAAGGGAAAUUUUUGAUGUAUACUAUAUGUAUCGAUGGAAAAAGGAGGAAAAAAAAUUCGAUCAGCUUGUUCAAAAAAUUUUUCAGAAAAAUUUUUUUUACUAUCUUAACCAGAUUAAUACCAUUUUAAGUGAUAUAUUCCUUUUUAAACAGGAGGAGGGAUAUAUACUGAUAAAUGAAAACAUGGAUGAUUAUAUAUGUAAUGCCUUUUUUGAUAAAUAUAAUAAUUAUAAUUUGAUAAAUGUGGGAGAAGUAAAUUAUCAUUCGAUUUUGAGUUUUAUUGAAGAAGCACAGAUUGAAUUGAGAAAAUGUGUGCAGCAGAAGGCCGAGAAAAUAAUUGCAGAGAAAAAUAUUCACAGUAAGGGUGUGACAGGUGGUACCGGAGGUGUAGACAUGGAAAAGGGAUACAUAUUCAGUACUGGAAAAUAUAUGACUGAGGAAACCGGUGAUAACAAUGUGAGUGUGGAAUCAAAAGUGAAAUUGAAAGCAAAAUCGACACAGAGGAAUAUUUGUUCGUCCAAUUUUAUUAAGCAUACUGUUUUUUGUAAAAAGGAAGAACAUAGCAAAAGGGAUGAAGAAGGAGAGAAGGGUGAAAAGGGUGAGAAAGUUGAACAAGAUAAACACACUGAGAAAGAAAAGGAAAGAAAUGUGGUAUCUGUUCCAGACAAAACAAUCAUCAGCAUAAGCGUAAAACAGGAAAGUAUAGACUGCUUAAGAAUUCAUAAAAAUUUGUUGUACAUUGUUUUUACAAUUUAUCGCAUAGCACAUUUUUCCUAUUAUGUUUUAUUUAAAAUUAAAGGAGAGGAAGGAUGGAACCAUACAACAAAUGAGGUUUAUGGGAUGAGAGAUGAAAAAAAUGAAAGGGCAGAAACGAAGGAAUCGAGGGAACCAAAGGAAAAGAAAAAAUCAAAUGAAAAGAAGGAAAAAAUUAAACAGACCAUUGGAAUUAAUACUAUACUAUUCUGCUACAAAAUUGUUAAAUAUAUUUAUAACACAUUUUUAAGUUAUUCAUUUUUUAUAUUUCGAUUUUCUUGCUUUCCGAAUGUGAUAAAUGCAAGUGAAUUUUUGUUAACACUGAUUAAUGAUAAUAUAUUUUUAAAAAAGGUUUUGCAAAACAUUAAUUGUGUAUUUUUACAUUAUAAGGAUUUAUUUAAUAUUCCCAUAUGUGAAGAUGACAUUAUUGUAUUUAAAAAUUUACAUGUGAAAAAGAACAGUUGGUGUGGAACAGGAGACAACGAAAGCAAAUAUAAAAAUUGCACUCAUAUGAAUAAUAUGAACAUUGGCCAGCUUUUCAAAGGGGGAGAUAAAGUCAAUUGGGAUGAAAGGCACAUAAAUGGAAUGUGCAAAAAGUACCAGAACAACAGUGAUGUUGUAAAGAAGGAGCAAAAGAGGAGUGAUAAUAGUGACAAUAGUGAUAUCAGUGAUAUUGGUAACUCUGGUGACAUUGGUGAUAUUGGUAACUUUGGUGACGUUGGUAAUAUUGGUCACAUUUGUGAUAAUAAUGGCGAUAGUUCAAAAUGCAUGAAGGUACACGAAAAGGAAUGUUGUAAAGAAAGGCGAAGUAACAAAAAAAAAAAAAAAAAAUUCAUGCAGACGAAAAAACAUCAAGUUUUAUGUAUAAACAAAAUAAGCAUAUUGAAGAAGAUUUAUUUAUAUAUCGACAAAUUUCAGAUUAAUUUGAAUUUUUUUAAAAAUAUGUUUAUCAAAAUUUAUAAGGACAAAAUUAAGAACCUUCUCCAAAAAGAUAUCAUUUUUAUGGAUGAACAAUUUUUAAUUAACACUUCAAAAAUAGUUAACUUAAUUUUUGAAAUUUUUCAAAUACAAGACUUAUCAAAAAUUGUCCAUACAAAUAUUACCUUGUGUUUGAUAGAUUAUUUUUUUUUCCUUAUCAAUACUCAAGUUUAUAAUUUUGUUACGAAUAAAAGGAGAAUUGAUAAUAAUGAGAGACUCCUCCUGUAUGACAAGUUGUCAUUUGCACAAAAUAGCCUUGUCUUUGUUUUGCGUGCUUAUGGAGGUACGUGCACUUUUAGAAAUCAUACCACACAAGAUGAAAAUUAUUUCUUAAAAAUAACGGACCAGUUGCCCUUCAAUUUGAUAAAUUUGAAGAAAAAUAAAAUGUUGUUUUUACUCCUUUUUUGUAAGAUUAAAUACAUUUUAAAUUCUAAAAAGGGAAUAUUGGAAAUGCAUGAUCCGCAGAUUAUUCAGUUGUUAUUGUCGAACAACCCCUACGUGUAUGAUGAUGAAAAUUAUGAUGCCAUACUUAAUGAAUUUAAAUGA